GCGGGGCCGGCCUCUCCACAUCCCCUCCCCGCCGCGCCUCGCUAGCGGCGGCGGUGGCAGUGGCGGCGGCAGCGGCUGUGGCUCCUGGAGCCGGCGCGUGUCCAGCCCUCGCGGCGGGACCCGGGUCCUGACAAGCCCUGCCUGGGCCCAAGUGCGCGGAGGAUGGAAACGUGCGUUCGGCCAUGUCUCUGGGCCGCCUCCUUCGUCGGGCCUCCUCCAAGGCCUCGGACCUCCUGACCCUCACCACCGGGGGCAGUGGCGGGUCCCUCUCCGUCCUGGAUGGAGAGGUCAUCUACUCCAAGAACAAUGUCUGCGUGCACGCACCCGAGGGGCUGCAGGGCCCUGGGGAGCACCAUCCAGGGUACCUGUGUCUGUACAUGGAGAAAGAUGAGCUGCUGGGGGCUACCCUCAUCCUGGCAUGGGUCCCCAACUCUCGCAUCCAGAGGCAGGACGAAGAGGCCCUACGCUAUAUCACCCCCGAGGGCUCCCCUGUGCGCAAGGCACCUCGUCCUCGAAGGCGUCGCACCACAAGCCUGGGGGCCACCUACCAACCCUCUCCCACAGAGCCAAGGCCUCCCCUGAUUCCCAAAGACGAGGACAUCCUGGUGGUGGUCCAGAACACGCAGGAUUCUGUGCACAUCAGCCCUACAGACGAAGAUGGGGUAAAGCUGGCCCAGGGCCCAGAGGUGGAUGGGCCCCUGCCCACCUCACAGCCUGUGCAUAGUGACUCUGGGAUCCUGUCUACAGUCAGCUCCCAGGAUGGGACGGAGAAUGGCCGGGAGCCACGGCCCGAGGCUGUGGAGGAAGAGGGCUCCUUGGAGUUGUCAGCUGAUGGCGUGAGCCGGGAUAGCUCCUUUGACUCAGACUCUGACGCCUUCUCCUCGCCCUUCUGCCUCUCCCCCAUCAGUGCGGCCCUGGCGGAGGGGAACAGCUCUGCAUUCCUGGAGAGUGAGGGCAGCUCCCCCUCCAGCUCCGAUGCCAACCUGCGGUUCCCUGACAGCAAUGGCCUCCUGCAGACGCCUCGCUGGGACGAACCACAGAGGGGAUGUGCUCUGGAGCAGAUCUGUGGAGUGUUCCGCGUGGACCUGGGCCACAUGCGCUCCCUGCGGCUCUUCUUCAGCGACGAGGCUUGCACGAGUGGUCAGCUGGUGGUGGCCAGCCGAGAGAGUCAAUACAAGAUUUUCCACUUUCACCACGGCGGCCUGGACAAGCUCUCCGAGGUGUUCCAGCAAUGGAAGUUCUGCACAGAGACACACCUCAGGGACCAGGUCACGGAUGAGAGGACGUGCAUGCAGUUCUCCAUCCGAAGGCCCAAGCUGCCAUCCUCUGAAAUCCACCCGGAGGAGAGCCUGUACCGGAGGCUGGAUGUGUCCGCCUGGCUCAAUCACCUGAAUGACCUGGGGCAGGUGGAGGAGGAAUACAAGCUACGCCAGGCCAUUUUCUUUGGUGGCAUUGAUGUGUCGAUCCGGGGGGAGGUCUGGCCUUUCCUUCUGCACUAUUAUAGCCACGAGUCCACGUCGGAGGAACGUGAGGCGCUUCGGUCGCAGAAGCGAAAGGAAUAUGCAGCUAUCCAGCAAAAGAGGCUCUCCAUGCCUCCCGAGGAGCACAGAGCCUUCUGGCGUAACGUGCAGUUCACUGUGGACAAAGACGUGGUUCGGACAGAUAGGAACAACCAGUUCUUCCGAGGGGAGGACAAUCCGAACGUGGAGAGCAUGAGGAGGAUCCUGCUGAAUUACGCUGUGUACAACCCAGCCAUCGGCUACUCACAGGGGAUGUCAGAUCUGGUGGCGCCUAUCUUGGCUGAGGUCUUGGAUGAAUCAGACACCUUCUGGUGCUUCGUGGGUUUGAUGCAGAACACCAUCUUUGUCAGCUCUCCCCGGGACGAGGACAUGGAGAGACAGCUGCUGUACCUGCGGGAGCUGCUCCGGCUGACACACCAACGCUUCUACCAACACCUGGUCUCUCUGGGUGAGGACGGCCUCCAGAUGCUCUUCUGUCACCGAUGGCUCCUUCUCUGCUUCAAGCGGGAGUUUCCUGAGGGCGAGGCCCUGCGCAUCUGGGAAGCCUGCUGGGCCCACUACCAGACGGACUAUUUCCACCUGUUCAUCUGUGUGGCCAUUGUCGCCAUCUACGGGGAUGACGUCAUCGAGCAACAACUGGCCACGGAUCAGAUGCUCCUGCACUUCGGAAACCUGGCCAUGCAUAUGAACGGAGAGUUGGUGCUCAGGAAGGCCAGGAGUCUCCUGUACCAGUUCCGCCUUCUGCCACGCAUCCCAUGCAGCCUACAUGACCUGUGUAAGCUGUGUGGGACAGGCAUGUGGGACAGUGGGUACAUGCCAGCUGUGGAAUGUGCCGGCCACCACCCGGGCUCAGAGAGCUGUCCCUAUGGGGGUACAGUGGAGACACCAUCACCCAAGCCUCCAAGAGAAGGCAAGAAAGGCCCAAAGGCACCACGGGAGGCCUUUGGUUUCCGAAGAUAGAAAAGCUCCUGCCCUUGACCAUGGGCGAGGGGACCUCCAUGAGGUCCUUGGGCAAGGGGGAGGGGGAGGGGAUGGAUGUGGAGAGGACACGAGGAAAAGCUUCUGGCCAGUCAUGAUGACAAAAUCGGGCUCCAGAACUGACAGCAGAUAUCAGCUGUCCAAAGAACUCAGCUCCUGAAAGGCUAGCCCAGGAUGUCUGGCUAGCCACUGGAUGCUAGAUGCAAGCACCUUGAGGGAUUCCAGCAGAGGCCAGGAGGCUCUCCACAAGCUGUGGGCAGGGCGGGACUAGGUAAGGCCUCGUCCUCACACCAGCACCAAGGGACACAGAGGAGCAGGACUGUUGUCUGAGUGAGUCGAGCAUACUUGCGAAGCUUCUUGGUCACAGCUGCAAGACUGGUAUGAAGAAGAUGCCUGUCUAAGAAAGACAGGAAAAAAGGGAGGGAGGGAGGGAGAGAGGGUGGGGUAAGAAAAGCUGUGGGAGCAGGUCUUUAGGCCUGGGCUUCUCACAGUGCCCCGGUGAGUGUUGUGUGCGCUCCUACGUAUGGGAAGGACAUGCCUACCCUGAGCCAGAGGAGCAGGCUGGUAGACAAGUGUCAGGUGCACCCUCCACUGGGGUCCUCCCCUGAGGAUGUAAGGUUUGUCUUCGCUACCAGAAACGGCAACCCACUGGGGCCUGAAUGGGUUGACGAGUGUGGUAUGGGAACCACAAGGUCCUCUGAAUACUUGGUCCUGGAGAAGGGGAAGUAUAUCACUCCCCAGCCAAGACAAAGGCAUCUGACAUGGCUGGGGAGGUGUCUCUGCCACCAUGCAGGGCCUAGGGGACUUCUAUUCCUUGGUUUAGCCCUAGCUGAGCAACACCAGGAUGCUCUUCCUCUUAAGAAGGAAACAGUCACGCCCACACUCCAUCCAAAGCUGGGGACUGUGCUUGGAUAAAGGUGUGUUCCAAAGCAUUCCUAGCCAGUGUCCCAGAAACUGGUGCAAGCAAGGAGCCUGGAUUCCUCCACAAAGGGCUGAAUCCUCAUAGUGGGUACAGGCGGCAGGGUGGGUGGAGGUGCCCUGCUUUUUGGGUUUUCUCACUGAGAGUGGUGCUGCGGGACGGUGCCACGUCUAAAAGGUGCUGACCAGAACGAGAAGGGGCGAAGCCUCAGAAUAAGAGGAGGCAGCGAGAUGGGCGUGUCCUCAGAAUAGGGGGAGGAGCCUAAUAAUGAGGGCGGAGUCUCUGAACGAGAAAGGCGGGGCCUAGGAAAUGAGGGGCGGGGCAUCAGAAUGAGAGGGGAGAGGCCUCAGAGUGAGAGGAGGCCUCAGAAUGAGAAUGGUGGAGUGUCUCAUAGGUCUCCUUUCUCAGCUUCCCUUUCUCCAUGAGUUCACCUCCCCUGCCCCCGCAGGUACUUCUAAGAAUAUGGGUCCUUCUAGGAAGAGCCUUUGGAAGAGGAUGUCCUGAUCUUGGGGGGUGGGGGGCGUACUCUCCGUUGUGAGCGACCGUGCCAUCCUGGGAGUGACCUUUCCACUGAAUUGCUUUCUAUACUGACUUCUGAUCCUUUCUGGAAGCUAGAGCCACAAACAGGUAUAUCCACCGCCUGUCACCCGGGGAACAGAAAUAACAGGGCAGAGCCUCAGUGACCUAGAACUCUGUGCACCUGGCUGGCACAGAGACUGGGCCUGCAGUCCAGGCUGGGUGGUUCUCGUCUUGGGUGGUUUGGCUCAUUACUUCUGGGGUUGUCACCAUCUCUGAGAUCCCUGUGGGUAGGUAUAUGGGUGUGAGACAGCACUCUGGCCUCUGGGCCUUAGGUCACCCUAUGACAGUGGAGGCAGAAAUGGAUGGUGUUUUUGUAAGUGCAUACCCACUCGCUAACCACGACACCAUCCAAUCAAGUUGAAUGGCUGAAGUCAACAACUAGCAUUGGGAAUGCAAACCUUUGUUUCGGGGCCUUCUUGUGGUAGUCAUGUGACAGAAGCUUGGUAAUUCAGAGGGAUUCCACAAGCCCACCACCCCAGGAAAUCUGGACACAGAUCCCUCUUUUCCAGGAAGGAACCAACUCCUUCCCUAGCCCUCCCCAGUACUUUUGUACUGCACCCCAGUAUCUACACUUUGCUGUGUUGGGUGGGGACAGCAGGAGCAGAUCCAGAGUCUCGCUUGCCCUGGAGCAUCUCAGUCAGAGAGCAUUUAUUCUAAGUCUCUAGCUCUCACAGGUCCCCCCUCCUACUGCUCCCCAAGACCUGACCCAGGCUGUUCAAUGACAGCCUUGUGCCAGGCAUCCCCUCUAGUCCUAUGGACUACUGGACCCCGGUGUUGCCUCAGCGUCAGGCCAGCUGGAGCCUCUGCAGCCAGACAUGGUGUGUGGGCUCUCGGAGCUCUGCCCUGCUCUGAGGAGCAGAGAGGCCCCGCACAGAACAGCAACCUUAAUCUGGAUGCAAUUAGAGGAAACCAGCCAAAUGCCCUGUGGCAGCUGUUACCCCAGGAUUGUUCCCGGCCAGCAAAAGGCAUUAGAGUGAUAAUUCAGUCAUUAGACUUCUAGCCGUCUCACCGCCAAGACGUACAAAUCAAGGGUAAUCAGCGUGCGCGCGCACCGUCCCCUGACCACAAGGCUUAUUUAACCCAUUUUUUUUUUAAAAGAAAAAAAACGAUGCUUUAUAUGCUACUGGCCAGCACGUCUGUGUGCGCAUGCCCCGCCGGUAAUGUCUGUGCUGACGACAUUGCCUAAUGUCAUCAAGGCCCUGUCAUCUAGGGCUCUGGGAAAGGAGGACACCUUUGAUGUGCCUGCUGCCAAGGCUCUCUCGCCUCUGACUCACUCUCCUAGGAGAGGGGGCAGUGGAGGGGAGGGGGCAGGGUUGGAGCAGAAUGUGUCCGCCUUGCUCUGGAUGUCUUCACUGGGGACAGGAAAGACACUGCCUCCCUACAAAGUCCCAUCUAAGUGCCAGCCAGGAGGCCUAGCCCAUCUCUGCAGAGGAGGGCUGAAGCCCCAGGGAGGCUCUGUUACUGAGCUGGGCAAUCUGCAGACAGAUCUGUGUGGUUGCUCAUCAGACUGACCAGGGAGGGGAACAUGUUAAAUUCAGGAGGGGAUGGUUUGGGCCUCAGCUUUUGAGUGUAGGACACCAGCCCAAAAGAGGGUAUCCUGGAGCCAGUGCCUUUGAUGGCCUGGGGCAGGAUGGCAAUAAAUAAGUAGGGAGAGGAACACUGGCUGUCAGGCCAGCUCCUGAAAGGCUCCUUUGCCCUCCCGCAUGUAUUUGUGUUUUCCUUGCUGCUUUGCUGGGGUUUUGCUGUGCUGGAGGCGGGGCAGUGCGUGAAACUUGGGGCCGCACUCAUGCUAAGUUAUGAGCUGAGCAGUGCAGUCUGCUUCUGACUAUGUUAAUUUAGGUGGCGAUCAACCCCAGGGUGCCAGGAAUCUGCCUGGGAUCUCCCUCCCCUAGGUGGGCUCCCUUCCAUUGGACUGGGGGAUGUUAGGAACACCCUGGGCUGGCCGGACAGAGGGAAGGAACCUGGCCGAGGUCCCUGGAGGCCACCCUGCCUAGAAGGGAGAUGGAUGAGAAAUCCCCCCCCCCCGAAAACGUAUGCAGGGCUAUGACCUGGGUCAGAGGUGAGUCAGGACUGCCACCCUCCUGGGCCACCAGUGAGGACACAGGGAAACUGGCUAGGCUGAUGCUGGACCUGCCAGAUCUCUGGACUCCCUGAAGAACCAAGUGGCCUCUAGAUGUUAGUCUUGUGUUUCUACGGGGGUUGUAAUACAUUUUGUCCUGGGUUGACCUGGUCCAGCAGGACUGGGAUACCCCAAAUCUAAGAAGCCAGUUUCCCCUAGAGCUUCCCGCACGCAGCAGGGAGCGAGGGGUUCCCCCAGCCAACUUCCUUGCCUGUAAAAAGAGAGCAGGGCCCUCUCACAGGCUUCUUCAGAAGACUGCUCUAAGGCUGCCAUGAGGGUGGCUAACCAUGGCCCAGGGACCUCACCUGCCACUCAGGGAAGAGCCCACUGGCCUUAGCCUUCCGCAGCAGUGACCGAAAGGGACUCCCCACUCCCAGUCCAGUGCCCUCCCUGGUCUGAAGUCAGUGAACCAAUGCCUUUCCUGCACAUCUACCUUGCUGAGUGUCCUCUGCAGAGGGCAGAUCUCUCUGUGACGUCCAUUCUGUGUCACCCAUGCCUACCCUGAAGAAAAAUGAGCCACAAAGCCACCUCAGCGGUCUUGGUCUGCACCUAGCUGUGCGCAGAGGUCUGUGCAGAGCUCUUCCAUGGACAGCCUCACACCUGGGCAGAGAAGACCCUUCCCUGAGGACUCUGCACUUUCUGAGCAGCCGCAUGUGGAUGCCUGCCGCCACAGGGCCUUUAAAUACACUGCGUCCAAUUCCAGGUGGGAAGAUAGCAUUUCAGGUUCUCAGAAAUCAAGUCACAGGACUGCCUUUCUUCCACACUUCGAGGAUAAGGAGGGCAGCUUUUUUGUGUGUUCUGUUUUGUUUUUAAAGUAAUGAAAUAUCCCCAUCGCUGAUGUCUACGGCAAGUGAUUCGUUUCUCUGUUGCGUUUUGUUUUUUUAAGCAGUUCCCCUUCCGGUCAAGGUCAGGACUGGUCACCAUGACCCCCGUGAUCAUGGAUCCCCACAAAACAAAUAAAAUAGUACUGCCACA